AUGGUUCAAACAAACAUUUACGGUCAAGUAGUUGACGAUAAUGUUCUGAACUGCGCGGAAAGACAAUCUCCUCAACGAAUCACCUUGCAGGGCCGUCAUUGCAGAUUAGAGCCUCUAAGUGUGGAAAAGCACAGUGUGGAGCUCUUCGAGGCGUUUUCGGAAACUAACGUCGACCGUCUUCUGACUUAUUUGCCAAUUGAACCAUUUCAAACGCUCGAUGAUUAUAAAGAGUUUAUGUUGUGCUUUUUAAACAUGGAUCAUUGCGUCCCAUUUGCGAUUAUAAACGGCAAAACUGGACAACCAUGCGGAACGAUAUGUCUGAAAAGAAUUGAUACUAAGUAUGCUUCCGCCGAGAUUGGGUUUGUGAUAUUUUCCCCUCAACUUCAACGUACUGUCAUUUCCACGGAGGUUCAGUAUUUGCUGCUUAAAUACCUCUUCGACGAUUUGGAUUAUAGAAGAAGUGAAUGGACAUGCGAUGCCUUCAACGAGCCUUCCAGAAAUUGCGCCUUGAGACUGGGUUUCACGUACGAAGGGGCUUUACGCAAAUCUGCCAUUUACAAGGGCCGGAACAGGGACCAGCAGUGGUUUUCCAUAGUAGAGGAUGAGUGGCCCGUGGCCAAACAAGCUUUGGAACAGUGGUUGAGCCCAGAUAAUUUCCAAGACGGUAUACAAAAACGCAAACUCUCCGAUAUCCGCGAAAGUAUCAAAGCGACUUGA